AUGUUAUUCAUAGUUGGUAUCAUUAUCUGUUUCACACAUAUUUUUGCCAUAUUAGGCUCACCGCCUAUUGUUUUAUGGCAUGGUAUGGGUGAUAGCUGUUGUAAUCCAUUGAGUCUUGGAUCAAUAAUAAAAUUGAUUGAAAAAGAAAUUACACCGGCUCCAUAUGUCCAUUCAUUAAAAAUUGGUGCUAACGUUGAAGAAGAUACAGCCAAUGGAUUUUUUAUGAAUGCUAAUCAUCAAAUUGAUUAUGCAUGUAAAUUAUUAAAUGCUGAUAAAAAUCUUACGAAUGGAUAUCAUGCUGUUGGAUUUUCUCAAGGUGGACAAUUUCUUCGUGCCAUUGCUCAGCGUUGUCCAAAUCCACCAAUGCUUAAUUUAAUUUCUGUUGGUGGUCAACAUCAAGGUGUUUUUGGAUUUCCACGAUGUCCUGGAGAUAAUGUAACAAUAUGUAACUAUAUUCGAGAAUUGCUACGUUUUGGAGUCUAUGAAUCAAUCAUACAAGAUCAUCUGGUUCAAGCCGAAUAUUGGCAAGAUCCUCAUCAAGAAGCAACAUAUCGUAAAGUGAGCGUAUUCCUAGCUGAUAUCAAUCAGGAACGUACAUUCAAUCCAGAUUAUAAAACAAAUUUCUUAAAAAUUCGUAAUUUAGUUCUUGUAAAAUUUUUACGUGAUACAAUGGUAGAUCCACAUGAAAGUGAACAUUUUGGUUUUUAUGCUGAAAACAACACAGCAAAAAUAGUUCCAUUACGUGAAAGUUCAUUAUAUGUCAAUGAUUUAUUGGGUUUAAAAAUAAUGGAUCAACAAUCACGUAUUAAAUUUCUUGAAUCAGAUACAGAUCAUUUACGAUUUACUGAUCAAUGGUUUAUUGAUAAUAUAAUUCCAUUUUUAAAAGACUAA